AUGAUAAUAAUAACCACAAGGAGUCACAAGGAGAACAAGGAACAAAAUAUACUGUGGGAUUUUAUAAUCCAAUGUGAAUCCCUAAUCGAGGUUCGGAGACCUGAUAUUGUUGUGGUAGAUGAAGGAAAAAAGGAAAUCAGGAUCAUAGCUCCUGCAAUACCUGGAGAUUCACGCAUAAGUGAUAAAGAACGAGAAAAGAUUAAAAAGUACAGACUACCAAAAGACGAAGUUGCAAGAAUGUGGACUAUGAGGAAACUGUCUGUCAUUCCAGUAGUUUUGGGAGUAUUCGGAGAACUAACAACCAAGUUCGAAAAAUAUAUCACAGUAAUCGGAAUUGAUAUGAGGGCAGAGCAGGCCCAAAAGACUGUUCUGCUGUGGAGUUCUAUGAUUUUGAGACUGGUAGUUGGGUGUUGA